AUAUCAACCAGAAUAGCUGAAAUAUGCACUCCGUCGUACGCCUGACAACGACGCGGCGUGACCUCCGUCAAGCCAUCUUCGCUCAGCUGUUCAGUCGUCAUUCAGAAGCCAUGGAUCCUGGAUAUAUACCUUCUUCUCUCCCGCUCGAAGGCAAUUUUCAACUCUAUGGACAGAAAAAUGGCCGUUGUGUCGUUAGAUUAGAUCCUUCGGAACUCACGGUGACGAGGGUCGACCAUGACACCAAAGGAGAGAGGCGACAGACGAUAAAAACGGAGGACAUCGUAGGGUGCGUGUGCAUGAAGGGAGGGGAAAAGGAACAGAGAAGACACGUCGCGUUUAUCACCGUCUAUGCCUAUCCCCUCUUCGGUUCCUCCAAGAAGAAGGGAAGGAGGAAAAGAUUGGCCUUGACCAUCGAGGUGGAGGAGAAGGAGUCCUUCGAGGAGAACCUGGAUAUUGCUAACAGGUGGAGGACGACUUUGCUGCAGGUCGCCAGGAGCAGAGGCCAGGUGUGUCAGCAGAUUGACCGCCACAAGAAGCUGCUGGUGCUGAUCAAUCCGAACUCUGGCCCCGGGAAGGCCCUACAGAUCUACAAGAAGCAGGUGGCAGCUCUGUACGGGGAAGCAGAACUGGAGCAUGAAGUUGUGGUCACAGAACGGGCCAACCACGUGUUCGAUUUGGUGCGGACGCUUGACCUCAACCUGUAUGCGGGCUCCGUCAUUAUCUCCGGGGAUGGGCUGCUCUUCGAGUUUUACAAUGGACUCCUCCAGAGGCCUGACUGGCAGCAGGCCAUCCAGUUUCCAGUCGGAAUUAUUCCUGGGGGCUCGGGGAAUGGUCUCGCUAGCUCCAUAGCUCACUGGCAGGGUGAACCCUACCUGGCCAAUCCCGUCCUAGUGUCCACCCUCAACCAAGUCUGUGGCCGUGUGUCGCCCAUGGACCUGGUUCUUGUGCAGACACCAGAGGGAAAAAAAACCUUAUCGUUUCUCUCCCUUGGUCUGGGACUUCUCUCCGACAUCGACAUCGAGAGCGAAAGACUCCGUAGUUUAGGGGAAACGAGAUUUACCAUUUGGGCAAUUGCGAGAUGGGCAAAUCUGAGGAAAUACAAAGCCACCAUCUCCUUCCGACGGGUGAAAGGCAGGAAUGCGAACUUCCACAAGAUAAGACCUGUGCUUGAGCGAUCACAGACUGUUGAGGAGGAGCAGGCCACAGAAACCACAGGCACUCAUGAACGGCUCCUGCGUAGUAGUAGCACAAUGCCCGAGACUUCACGGCUAAGCAACUCGUCCUUCGACCUGACCUCAUCCCUUGUGAAGGUGGAGUGCAACCCAGCUGGCCAGCAACAGGAGAUUGAGGUUGGGGAGGAAGUCCUCGACCAGGAAAGUCGGGUCAACCACAACCAGGGAGCAGUAGAGAACCACAACAAGAGCAAUGGAAACCCAGAGGUCAGCAGAAGAGCGGAGGAGGAAGAGGAUUUCAAACUCCCAGAAUUCUCAGAAACUCUCCCUCAUGACUGGGAGACCAUUGAAGGUGAAACAAAGAAUAUAACUUCACUGUGGUAUAUGCAUGCUAUCAGAGCCACAUAUCAAGUGAUGCAACCUUUAGCCCCCAGUGCUACACCUAAUGAUGGCAUUAUCUGGCUACUCCUUGUGCGGGGGAAUGCAACGAAAGCGAAUGUGCUAAAGUUCCUCCUGGGCCUGGACGGCAGCCACCUCAACAUCCCUGGUGUCGAGCUGAUCCCCGUGGAUGCCAUGAGAGUCAUCCCACACACUGCCAAGGGAACCCUGACUGUGGAUGGAGAGGUCAUACCAUGGGGCCCCAUCCAGGCUAACAUGCUUGCAGGGAAGGGGAAGAUCAUAACGAGAUAGGAGAGAGGUGGACUUCCUCCUCCUUGAGAGGGGAGGGGG